AUGGCGACGGCAUUCACAUGCAAGCUGGCCAGUAUUGGACAUGGCUUAUCGUCCAGUCAUCAAAGGUUGCUGAGAGGGCUUGUCUUUGAUAUGGACGGCACUCUGACGAAACCGUAUCUGGACUUUCAAGAGAUGCGUCGUAGACUUGGCAUCACUCCUGAUCAAGAUAUUGUGCAAACAUUGUUUUCGUGGUCUGGUGAAAAACGACAGCAAGGAGAUUUGAUUGUUCGCGAAAUGGAAGGUAGUUGGUUUACAUUGACGCUUGAUCUUCGACUGCUCCAAUUCUCACAUAUCCUACUUAGAAGGUACGCUUGGAAACUCUGUAAUCAAGGGCUUCUACCCGCCGCUCAUGUCCAUUACUCUGUAGAGGCAUUAAGGAAGACUGAACUUCAAUCGGGCUUGACAGAGCUAUUUACUUGGCUUGACACGACGCAUCCUACAAUUCCAAGAGCGAUACUGACGCGGAAUGCUCUGCCAAGCGUGUCGCACAUCUUGGAGAAUCACAUUCCAUUCAAGUUUCAUCCGGUCGUGACGCGUGAAUUCCAGCCUGCUAAACCUUGGCCGGAUCCCUUACUUCACAUUUCUCAGAUGUGGGGGAUUAUGCCUCAAGAAGUUGCUAUGAUCGGUGAUGGCAAAGACGAUAUUGAAUGCGGCAGGGCGGCCGCAUCGGUUACCAUAUUGCUGAGAAAUCCAACAAAUCAACAUUUGGAAGCUGACUUGGUCAUCGAUGAGUUAUUAGAGCUUAAGGCUUUCCUCGAUGCUGGGUUUACCGUGAUCAGAUAA